CACCACAGCUUUCUCCUUAUUGUCGCACGAAAUAGCUAGCACCUGCCGACCCGAGCCUUCAUGUCGUGAGCCAAGACUAGCAAUUUAGAAAGCAAACCACGCUUUGCAUGCAGUUCCCAGAAUUGAGCGCGCAUCGCAGUCAUGUCUCGGCAGCAUUUCCUUCUCCUAGUAGUUCUAUCUCUGAUUGUCAUGUGCGCCUCUGCUGCAAUGAAACCGCGAGUAGACUUAGUAGGCAAACCACCCAGAGCGCCCGCUAACGCUACGUAUUCCCCGAGGCCCAAGAGUAGCGCGAAAUCUCCGCCGAAGCCCAAAAAUAGCGCCGGUUCGCCGCGAAAACCAGGGAGUAGCGCGGGCGGUGGAGGGGGGACUGGGGGAGGCAUGGGAACGAGAAAGGGCUCACCGCCAGUUGCGGCGCCUGGGAAGGGGAAGGGAGGCACGGGAACGGGGAAGUUAGGCAGCGGAGGAACGGGGAAAGGAGGCGGAGGCGGGAAAAGUAGCGGGGAUGUGCGAUCCCCCGGGGGGAAAGGGAGUAAUUCGACAGGCGGGGCCAAGCCGAAGACGAAGGGCAAUGACUCGCCCCCGGACGCACCGCCAGUCGACAACUCGAAUAAUGGCACGCGCAGGUUGACGGUAUUCAAGAACGUGACGCUUCUCUUCCCAAUCAACGCCGCGGCUUUCGCCAUGUCCAUCGCCACCUUCGACAGCCAAGAGGUGGCGCGGAUGUUCGCGUACCAAGCGAUCAGGGGCGCGUACAAGGCGUGGCAGCUGAAAGCGCUGCCCGUGAACACGCGGCUGCCCACCAUGGAAGGCUCCUUCCUCACCAAGGUGUCCAAGGUCAACUCGUCCAAGCUCGCGUUCAGGGGCAAGGGCGACAUCCCCGUUAGAGUCAUAGUCCCGGACAUGUACGAGGGCGAGGAUAUGUACAUUCAUGGCACGAACUCCGUGCUUGUGCCGCCCUCCGUGUGAGUCAAGCCCUUCAGAAAUUGCUGCUGCCCGCAGCCUGCCCAAUGCUGCGGGGCACUCAUUGCUGCAUCCAUGGGGCAGACCCACUCAGCCGUAUUUAGCAGGGUCGCAAGUACAAACCCCUCUGUUCCUUGAGCUCUCCUCCACUCUAUCAGGGCUCUAUCAAGCUCCUGGAACUUCCCAUGGCCCUCGUUAUUCUGCGUACUCACUACAUUAGCCCUGAAAACCUGGAUUCACUCCUCCAUGCUAACGAUGCCUCCACACGUUGUAGAGCGUUGAACAAUACCAGAACAUUUGGAAAAGGUGCAAAACGCUGUACCAGAGGCAUAGUUAUGCUAGCUAACCUUCACAAGAUGUUCACUUUUCACUAG